GUUGGACUCCGUGACCCUGGAUACUGCAAGUGCAAAUGUUAUAGAUCUUUCUUCAGCACCAGACGUGGAGUUCUGUGAAUGCCCUCAAGGUUACACAGGAAUAUCCUGUGAGUCCUGUCUCCCUGGGUACUACCGUGUGGAUGGAAUACUCUUUGGAGGCAUUUGUCAGCCCUGCAAGUGCAACGGGCAUGCGACUGAGUGUGACGUUCGUGGCGUUUGCUUUGGCUGUCAACACAACACGACAGGGCCUUUCUGUGAUCAGUGCUUGCCUGGCUUCUAUGGAAACCCAUCCCAAGGAACCCCUGAGGACUGCCAGCCCUGUGCAUGUCCCCUGAGCUCUGCUGCAAACAGUUUCAGUCCUACUUGCCAUCUGAGUGACAGAGGUGGAAUUGUCUGUGACAAAUGUCUUCCAGGCUAUACUGGUUCCCAGUGUGAAAGGUGUGCUAAUGGCUACUAUGGGAACCCCCUCAUUCCUGGACAGUCCUGUUCCCCUUGUGAAUGCAAUGGGAAUGUCAACCCAGAAGAAGAUGGUCACUGUGAUGCCUUCACAGGAGAGUGCCUGAAAUGCCUGGGGAACACAGCAGGUCACCACUGUGAAAAGUGUGCUGAUGGGUACUAUGGAGAUGCAGUGACUGAGAAGAGCUGUCGUGCCUGUGCCUGCCAUGUGAAUGGUUCCCUCUCAAGUACUUGUCAUCAUGAGACAGGCUUCUGUCACUGCAAAGCAAAUGUGGUUGGGGAGAGAUGUGACCAGUGCUUGGGUGGUUAUUAUGGGCUGCUGGCUGGGCUUGGCUGCAUUCCCUGCAACUGCAGCCAGCUUGGCUCAGCCUCCGAGGACUGCGACCACCAGGGCCAGUGUCACUGUGGACCAGGAGUGGCUGGAGAGAAGUGUGACCGUUGUGCUCAUGGCUUCCACACCUUCCAGCACGGUGGCUGCACACCCUGUGACUGUGCUCACACCCAGAACAACUGUCAUGCAGAUUCUGGCCAGUGCAUUUGUCCCCCUCACACUCGGGGACCAAAAUGUGAACUCUGUGAAGAAAAUCACUGGGGACUCUCUCCUAAAUUUGGCUGCAAGGCUUGCAACUGUAGCCACAGUGGUUCAACCAGUCUCCAGUGUGAUGUGCUGACAGGUCAAUGCCAGUGCAAAGCUGAAUUUGGAGGCCAAGACUGUUCCAAGUGUGCCCUGGGCUACAGGGACUACCCAGACUGUGUGGCCUGUGACUGUGAUGUGAGUGGAACCAGAGCAGACACCUGUGAUGACACUGAAGGACUCUGUGGCUGUGAAGAAGAAACUGGCAUCUGUACCUGCAAGGAAAAUGUAUUUGGUCUCCAGUGCAGUGAAUGUAAACCUGGAACCUUUGCUCUGUCUGCUGACAAUGCUCUAGGUUGCACUCCAUGCUUCUGCUUUGGGAUGUCCACCUUUUGUCUGGAAGUGGAAGAUCACGUGAGAAUUCCUAUCACCUUAACUCCAGCUCAGUCCAUUCUGCGUGUAGUAGCCCAGAGCAACCUGACAGGAACAGUUGAAGGAGUAUUUUCACAGUUUCCUGAUGUUUUACUGGAUGCUGCCAUAGUCAGGGAGUACUUAAAUACAGAAACAUUUUACUGGAGGUUACCAGAGCAGUUCCAGGGGGACCAGCUCCUGGCUUAUGGAGGGAAGCUGAGAUAUACUGUUGCUUUUUUUGCUUUGGAUGGCUUUGGGACCUCCAAUUUUGAGCCACAGAUCCUAAUGAAAGGAGGUCACAACAGCAAGUUGGUCAUCUAUGUAGAUAUCCCUCCUCCAGAAAAUGGAGUAAGAACUGACAAGGAAGUAGAAAUGAAGGAGGAUUCCUGGAAGUAUUUUAACUCUGUGUCAGAUGAGCCUGUCUCACGUCCUGACUUCAUGGCAGUGCUGAGCAAUGUUGAAUACAUCCUCAUCAAGGCAGCUUAUGGCCAAGGGCUGCAGCAAAGCAGGAUUGCAAAUAUCUCAAUGGAAACUGCAGUGAGGUUUGAAGAAAGGCAUCUGGGCAGAGGCAGAGCUCAUCUUGUAGAGCAAUGUAGAUGUCCUGCUGGUUAUGCUGGAUUGUCCUGUCAGAGCUGUGCUCCAGGCUACUACAGGGGAAAGCACCCAGAACUUGGUGUAAAAGAGCCCCAUGCUCUGAUAGCACCUUGUGUGCCAUGUCAGUGCCACAACCACAGUGAAACCUGUGAUCCUGAGACUGGGAAGUGCUUGAACUGCAGAGAUAACACAGUUGGUGAUGACUGCAGUGCUUGUGCCCCAGGCUACUAUGGGGAAGUGCUUGGAUCUGCCAGUGACUGUUCCCCUUGUGCCUGUCCCAGAGCCAACCCUGUCAGUUUUAGUCCCACUUGUGUGCUGAGAGGUGCUGGGGAUUACCACUGUGAUGCCUGUCUCCCAGGGUAUGAGGGGCAGUACUGUGAAAGGUGCUCCUUGGGCUACCACGGUGACCCUCAGCUGCCUGGUGGCAGCUGCCACCCCUGUGGGUGCCAUCCCAGUGGCUCUCUUCACCCUCACUGUGACCCUGCCACUGGGCAGUGCCUCUGCAAGCCUGGAGUGACAGGACAGCUCUGCCAGGAGUGUGAGCCCAGGCAUCUGCUUCUGGGAGAGGAGUGUGUCUCUUGUGAUGACAACUGCACAGGAGUCUUGUUGAACAGCUUGGAUGACCUCAGCAUGGCCAUACUUGCUGUGAACCUCACUGGUGUUGCUCGUGUGCCUUAUGGGAUGCUCUCAGAGCUGGAGAAUGCAACAAAACAUCUGAAGGGGUCUCUAGUUCCUAGAAAAGAUCCAUCUCACUCAUUAGCUACAGCAAGAGAAACUCUUCUGAGUUUAUCAGGGAGAAUCCAUCAGCUGCAUGAAGAGUCCUCUAGAUUUCUGAAAAAAGCUUGGCAGCUUCACACAAAGACUCAGGAAACCAGGAAUAAAAGUCAAGAGCUGGCUGGAUUUAUUGACAGAGUACACACAACCACCAAAGCCCUUGCUGAGGUUGCUGUGUCACUAAAUGAAACCCUGGGCCUGGACCUCCCACUGGCCAAUGCUACUUCUCAGAGCCUGCAGGAUGAUAUUUCUGCCUUCUUGGAUGUGAUGCGCCAGAGAGACUUUGCCCAGCAGCACCACAGUGCUGCCAGUGCCCUCAAAGCUGCUGGAAACCUGUUGCUGCAGGUUCAGAAGGACUAUCUUAAACCCCAGCAGGAGCUUGCUGAGCUGAAGAAGGAUGCAAACCAGCUCUUGUCAAAGCACAACAGCAGCCUGCAAGACGCCCAGGACCUGGUGGACCAGGCAUUUGAGAACAUCAAGGAGACCAGUCGUUUGGUUCCUCUCAUCUCCAGCAACCUGGCUGAGUUAAAUGACAAAAAGCUAAAUAUAAAGGAAGGUGAAGAAGUCUCAGCUGCACUCCUUAAAGAAGGGAAGGUCCUAGUGAACACUGCUGCUGCUCUUGCCCAAGAUGUAAAGAACUCUACAUCUAACCUGGAGGUCCAGCAGGAUGGGUUUGUCCUGUGGAGCACCAAGCUGAGGCACCAUGUGGAUGAGCUGGUGAUGCAGAUGUCUGUGAGAGGAGUGCUUGACCUGGUCUACAGAGCAGAAGACCAUGCCACCCAGCUCCAGAGACUUGCUGAUGCACUGGAGAGUGGCCUCUCUAAAGUGAGGAAUGUGACUCUGACCACAAGUGCUGCUGUCCACACCCACUCCAGUGUGAAAAGUGUGAUUGAGAGGACUGAGAGCUUGGCAGAUGAUGCCUCUAGAGUUGUGAAUGGCCCCUUGGAUUUACCAGAAGAAUCUCUCACUCUUCUUGGGAAAGAAACUCUUCUGCUCAGCUCUAAAUUUCAGAAUGAAGCUAAAAAUGUGAAGAAAAGAAACGAUGGCCUUUUAUCUGGAUUGAAUGGCUUGAAUAAAAAGGUAGAAAAGAUUAAAGAAAGUACUAAUAAACUUGUCAACCAGCUUAAUGAUUCCCUGUUGACACUAAGAGCAUUGCCUAAUGAUACAAGGAGGUCCAGGCUCGAGGUGAAGGAGCUGGCUGUGUCUGCCAACACCAGUGCUGUGCUGGGUUUAAGCCACUUUGGGGAUUUCACUCAGAAGCUGCUGAAUGCCUCUUCUGCAUUGUCCCAAGUGAAUGACACGUUGAGGAAAACCAGUGAACUUCUCACUGAUUCCUCCAAGGCUGCAGUCACAGCUGAGAAACGAGUGAAAGAAGUGGAAGCACAAGCAAAUCUUUUACUGGACAGGCUGGAACCUUUGAGGAUGCUGGAGGAGAACCUGAACAGAAACUUGUCUGAGAUCAAAGAGCUCAUCAGCCAGGCCCGCAAGCAGGCAGCAUCUAUUAAAGUGGCAGUGUCAGCAGAGAGAGAUUGUAUCCGUGCCUACCAACCCCAAAUUUCAUCCACCAAUUACAACACCCUCACCCUCAACGUGAAGACUGCUGAGCCAGACAACCUCCUCUUCUACCUGGGCAGCAAUGGGAAGACAGACUUCCUUGCUCUGGAGAUGCGACGGGGUAAGGUGGCUCUUCUGUGGGAUCUGGGCUCUGGAUCAACAAGAGUGGAACACCCUGAUUUCCAAAUUGACAACAACAAAUGGCACAGAAUACAUGCAACCAGGUUUGGAAGAACAGGUACACUCAGUAUAGAGGAAACCAACUCCAACCAGAAGGCUUCACCCAAAUCUGCCACCUCUCCAGGGACAGCCAGCAUCCUAGAUGUCAACAAAUCAACCCGCAUGUUUAUCGGAGGACUGGGAGGGCAAAUCAAGAAAUCACCUGCUGUCAAGGUGACCCAUUUCCAAGGGUGCAUGGGAGAGGCAUCCCUGAAUGGCAAGUCUGUCGGGCUUUGGAACUAUGUGGAAAGAGAGGGCAAGUGCAAUGGCUGUUUUGGAAGCCCACAGGAUGAGGACACAUCGUUCCACUUUGAUGGCAGUGGGUACUCCCUUGUGGAGAAGGCGCUUCGCUCAACAGUGACCCAGAUAAUCCUCUUCUUCAGCACCUUUUCACCCAAUGGGCUGCUCCUCUACCUUGCUUCAAAUGGCACUAGAGAUUUCUUGUCCCUGGAGCUGGUUGAUGGCAGAGUGAGGCUGACUGUGGAUCUAGGUUCAGGACCUCUCACCCUGACAACAGAAAAUCGUUACAACAAUGGGACUUGGUACAAAAUCUCCUUCAGUAGGAACAAGAAACAAGGAAUUUUGGCAGUCACUGAUGCUUAUCAUCUUAAUUAUAAGGAAACCAAGCAAGGAGAAUCUCCUGGGGUUGCCUCAGACUUCGAUAAGGACCCAAUCUUCAUUGGUGGGCUGCCAAGAUCAAGGGCUGUGAGGAAAGGCCUUAGUAGUAGGAUGUAUGUGGGAUGCAUCAAGAACCUGGAAAUAUCCCGUUCAACCUUUGACUUGCUUAGACAUUCCUAUGGAGUAAGGAAAGGCUGUGUAUUGGAGCCUAUUCGUAGUGUGAAUAUCUUGAACAAUGGAUAUAUUGAGUUGGUGCCUAAGUCCUUAAGCCCAGAAUCAGAACUGAUGGCAACUUUUGCUACCAGGAACAGCAGUGGCAUCAUCCUUGCUGGACUCAGCAGGGGACUGGAGAAGCGACAACGUAGACAAGCACAUCUGCCCUUCUUUUCCAUCCUGUUGAUGGAGGGGCACCUUGCAGUUCACAUUAAUGCUGGAGAUAGAGCAAGCACUCGAAAAGUGAUUCUGAGGUCUCCAAAUGGAACAUACAGUGAUGGAGAAGAACAUUCUGUCAUCCUCAUGAGGAAUAAGAGGAUCAUAUCUGUGCAGGUGGAUGAAAGCAACCCUGCAGAACUGAGGCUUGGUCCAUCAGCAGAAAUGAGCCCCAUGAAUAUCUCCAACUUCUACGCUGGUGGCAUUCCAGCAGGAGAGGGCAUCCUGGGGCUGAAAAUGGCUGGCUCCUUUCAUGGCUGCAUCAGCAAUCUCAUUUUUAACAAGGAGCUUUUGUAUUUCACCACUUCCCUGAAGUAUGAAAACGUGGGUAUGGACAGCUGCUUUUUGUCAGAGAAGCCUAAACCAGCCAUACAUCCAGAAGACUUUGAGAUUCAACCUGAGCUCCAAGCUUUACCAGUUCCCCUGAGACCUCUAACAAACACCAAAAAAGUAAUUUGUGCAAAGGAUGAGCUACCUGACCCUAUUCAAGGUGCCCAUCAAUUUGGACUUGCCAAAGGCAGCCACUUGACUCUGCUCUUCAAUCAGUCCACUGUCAGGAAGAAACUCUCCGUCCAGCUGAAUCUCAGAACCUUUGCCUCCAGUGGGCUGAUUUACUACAUGGCUCACCAGAACCAGGUUGAUUAUGCAGCUCUGCAGCUUCUUGGUGGACAGCUCUACUUCUCCUUUGAUCUUGGCAAAGGAAGAGCAGUGGCUUCUCACCCUGCUGUCAUCAGUGAUGGGAAAUGGCACACGAUAAAGACAGAAUACGUUAAAAGAAAAGGUCUCAUCCUUGUGGAUGGGCAGGAAUCUGCAGCAGUUGGUGCUCUGGGAGAUGGCAGCACUUUGGAUGUGGAGGGGAAGCUCUACCUGGGAGGUCUCCCCUUAGACUACGUGCCGAAGAAUCUUGGGAAUGUGACUCACAGCAUCCCUGCCUGCCUUGGUGACAUGACAGUCAACAGCAAGCAGCUGGACCACGAGAGCCCUGUCUCCAUCUUUGCUGUGAAUAAAUGCUACCAAACAGCACAGGAAGGUUCUUUCUUUGAUGGGAGUGGUUUUGCUGCUCUGGUCAGAGAAGGCUACAAAGUGCUCUGGGAGGUGACCAUCACGCUGGAGUUCCGGACGACGGCGCCGCACGGCGUCCUCCUGGGCAUCAGCAGUGCUAAGGUUGAUGCUGUUGGACUGGAGAUGGUGAAUGGCAAGGUUUUAUUCCAUGUCAACAACGGAGCUGGCAGAAUCACAGCCACAUACGAGCCAAGAGGGGCAAAGAGUUUGUGUGAUGGGAAGUGGCACAAACUCCAAGCAAAGAAAAGCAAACACCACGUUUCGCUGAGAAUCGAUGGGGAUUCGGUUCAAAUGGACAAUCCCCACAGCCAGUCAACAUCUGCAGAUACCAAUGAUCCCAUCUAUGUUGGAGGCUAUCCUGCUGAUGUGAAGCAAAACUGCCUCACAAGCAAGAACUCCUUCCGUGGCUGCUUGAGGAACCUCGUGCUGACCAGGGGCCAACAGGCAGAGCUGUUUGACUUCAGCAGAGCUUUUGACCUCCGUGGAGUCUUUCCCCACUCCUGCCCUGGGGCUGAGCUCUGA